AUGACUGAGGAAUCUCACGGUGAUGCUCCGCGGAAAGCCUCCUUUCACGAUGUGUCGUUAGCCGCCGUUCCCGAUCCUGUGAUGACGGCGAAGAGGGUGCAUAGUGAGGAGAAUGGCAGUAAAACGUCAGUUGAAUUUUUGGAAAUUUUAGUUUUUUAAAGUUUUUUUUGAAAAGCAAAAAUUUUUAUAUGAAUUCUUUGUACCACCAAUAGUACCCAUAAACUUCCCAUGUUAUAUUAGGUUGAAUCAAAAAUAGCGGGACACUUUUUAUUUAUUUUUGGCUUUCAAGGUUUUCAAUAAUAACAUUGCUUCAGUGGCACCACUAUCAUACAAUCGACUAAUACUUACUCUUAUAUUACUACUGAAAUUGAUGACAAGAUUACACCGAAAGGAUAUGCUAUUAUUACGAUAUUAUUCACCAUUAAUUUGCUUAACUACAUGGAUCGAUUAACGAUAUCUGGUAAGGUUUUUAGGGCUUUGGGACGUUUUAUAUGACCAAAGGUGUAUUUUUGAAAAAGGGGGACAUUUUAUACGAUCAAAGGUGUAUUUUUGAAGUUUAAAUAUAUUGUUUUAGCCGUUCUAACGGACGUAACAGCCUACUACAAUCUCUCCAGCUCUCAAGGAGGCCUGCUUCAGACUGUUUUUAUUGUCUUCUUCAUGGCCGUAGCUCCAAUUUGUGGGUAUCUGGGCGAUCGCUACAAUAGAAAGUGGAUCAUGGUUGCUGGGCUAGUGAUAUGGAUCGCUGCUGUACUGGCUUCAACUUUUGUUCCGAGGAAUGUAAGUUGGUCUAUAUUAGUAGCUAGCUAGUUUUAGAGCAUAUUUCACUGAUAUUUAGGGGCUUUUGGAUAAUUUAUAGUGAUAAGAAUUAUCUGUUUGGCUGUAGGGACAUGUUAUAGUACAACGAAAUGUGUAUUUAUAGAUUUAAAAUGUCAUUUUAUAUCAAUAACACCAAUAAUUUCUCUCUUUUCAGCUCUUCUACCUCUUUCUCUUCCUACGAGGAGUAGUAGGCACUGGUGAAGCCUCGUACUCAGUGAUAGCACCAACCGUAAUAGCCGACAUGUUCAAAGCAACAGUACGAAGCAGAGUACUCAUGGUGUUCUACCUGGCCAUCCCCUUAGGCAGUGGAUUGGGCUAUAUUAUAGGAUCAAACGUAGCCUCGGCUAUGGGUGCAUGGCAAUGGGGAUUGAGGGUUACGCCGAUCUUCGGAGCACUAUGUGUUGUUGUACUGGCAGUGUUUGUUGAAGAGCCAGAGAGGGAAGUGCUGGAGAAGAUUCAGGAUGAAGAUGCUGGGAAUAUUAUCGAGGAUUGCUGGUAUUUGUUGAAGAAGUAAGUAGUUUACAGAUGGUUUUAUAUGUAAACGGGGGUCGAGGGGGGGGGGGUGUCAGUAAAGUUGUGAUUAAGACCAGGAGUAAAGUAGGGCAUGUUAUGGUAACACAUAUAUUAUCGUAGGGUAGGGUAGGUCAUGUUAUUUUAAAACAUACUAUAGGUUAGGGUAGGGUAAGGUUAAAAAAAAUUUUUUUUGAUUUUGUUACUUAAAAUACUAAAAAAAAAUGUUUUUUUCAGCAAAACCUACGUUUUCUCGACCUGGGGCUACACGUUCGUGAUCUUCACAGUAGGCACGUUGAGUUGGUGGGCUCCGUCAACGAUCGAAUACGCCAAAGCAGCUUCUGCCAAUUUGUCCAGCACGUCAGAGUUGUCACCAGAAGAUCAAAAUUCGUAGGUUUUAAACUUUUUUUAACUUAAAGUUAAACUUUGGGCCUAAAUCAUGCCUUCAGGCUUUAAAAUCAGCUUUAAUUUUUUGUAAAUUAAAUUUGGAACAAAGAAUUUACUUUACUUUACUACCUUACUUUAACAUAUUACAGAAUCGGCACAAUAUUUGGUGGAAUAACGUUGAUAUCAGGGCUAGUUGGCGUCAUAACUGGCACGCUGGUGGCUACAAUGUGGAAGAAGGGCUCGUUUUGCUUCAGAAACUGUCAGAGUAGAAGAGCUGACAUCUUUGUAUGCAUAUUUGGGUCAGCCAUAGCUGUGCCAUUUUUAUAUGUGGCCUUGCUGACCAUUGGCGGUGUUAUGACACUUUCAUAUGUAAGCGACAAUUUAUACGAAAGAAUGAGUUUUUAACAGAACAAUUAGGGUUUAUAUGAUUCAAAAUGGUAAAAAGUGACAUUUCGUAUCCUUACGAUUGAUUUUUUGUUAAAGAGACAUUUUAUACGAUAAAAAACUUAGUUUUACUGUCAAAACGAUGAUAAUUUAGUUCUUAAGAACAAAUUUUAUUUUUAUUACCUAAAAUGUCAUUUUUUGACAUUGUGGCAUUUUGUUCCAUUAGAAUUGAUUUUUAGCAAAAAAGCCGCCUUGUACGAAAAAACUAUAUUUUAGGGAAAACUGACAUUUUAUAUUAUACAUAAACCAGACAAUUUUAAAAACCUCUUUUCAGGUGUUCAUAUUCAUCACAGUAACCGCCCUAUCACUUAACUGGGCCUGCAACGUCGACCUCCUAAUGUAUAUUGUCCCACCACGAAAGCGGAACAUAGCCAGCGCUGUUCAAACCUCAGUAGGCCAUGCCUUUGGCGAUGCCUCAGGUCCUUGGAUUGUGGGUCAGAUUGCUGAUUGGGCUGCAGCUGGUGAUACCACUCCUCAAGCCAAGUUUGAUUCUUUAAAAUUGGCCUUUUGGCUGCCCAAUGUACUACUAAUACUAUCGGUGGUGAUGUACACGUUAUCAGCGUUUACGUUACGAAGUGAUCUGGGGAAGUUGCAGAAGUUGGAUGUAGUUAGUAAGUUUUUUGAUUGAGGUUUUUUUAGCCUAUAGAGUGGUUUUGAAGCCUAGAAUUUCAUUUUUAUGUUUAAAAUUUACUUUUCAAGCCACAACUUUCAUUUUAAACCUAAGGUUCAAUUUUAAGCUCAAAAUUUCAUUAUUAAGACUACAAUUGAUUUUCAAGCCUAAAGUUCAAUUUUAAGCCUGAAAUUUUAUUUUUAAAGUUGAAAGUUUACUUUUUAAGCCUGUGAUUUUAUUUAAUUUUUAUCUUCCAGAAUACGAAAAAAACUCCGACACCAUAAACACCAAAAAGAUGACCAGCGCCGUGGGCGACUCGACCAAAAACCAUUUCAAAUCACAGGAAUAUUAA